CACAACAGACUGGAAUGUGGGAACAAUGACUGCAGGAGGCUCCUUCCUGAUGAUGGAAACCAGUUUUUUGAGUCCUUCUAUAUCUUCAAACUGAUCCUAAGUCAGCAGUCUUUCAGAGGAACUUCCCAGAUACCGGCCAGAAAGGAGGGAACAACUUUGUGGGGGAAAAACAAACCUGGGCCAGGACAGGAUCACUUUCAGUUUCAUUUCGUGGGUUACCAUGGUUCAAACACUCAACAACAUGGAGGAACUUAGAGAUUCUGGGUUUGGUUGUCACUCGCCUAGACACGGGCUCAAGCUUCUUUACUGGUUCGCCAACAAUUAUAUUUCCUUUGACAAUAACAACCUGAUGGUGGCAAAAUACAACCCCAAUGUAGGACCCUUUGGUUUCCAUCGCUUCCUCAACAGGCUGGAGUGUGCCAAUCAAAUCUGCAAAAAACUGCUUCCUGAUGAUGACUACCCAUUUUAUGAGGUAGGAAACCUCCACCUCCCAGCAUCUAAAUCCAUGCCUAAAUAUGUCCGGAAAGGUGACACUGGCAACAUAGACCAAAGCAACAUGGACCGCCUCAUCAUCAGCAUGUGCACAGACAAGAUUGUGCAUAAGGUCUAUGUGACUCAGCAUGACGACCUAAAGACUUUUGACCCCGUCAACACCUAUCGCAUCAGCAGAGGGUUGCUCAUGAUCAUCUGUGGCCAUAGAUCUGCAGGCAUGUCACUGGGGGAAUUCCUGAAUCAAGCGGGCUAUUCUACCCAUCAGUCAAACAUAUACUCUUAUGAAAGUUACAACCCCACACAUGACCCAAGCGCUGGCUCAAGACCUGCCUCAAGCUCCACGCCCAGAGAUACCAUGAUCAAUAUGCAGGCAGAACCGGAAGCUGCACGAGGAUUUUGGGAUACAUUUUGUACCAUAUUGUAGACCAGCAGUUCCCAAUCCUGGUCACGCUGAGGACAUCCCCAUGGGGUGUGUGUAUUAUAUUGUCCCUAGUGUAAACAGGUUUAUGAAGCACAUUGGGGCAAAAUAUAAUGUAACAGUUAAUAGGGGUACAUUUUAUUGUUGCACCUGUACCUAUAGGUGCCUUGUAUGUGGAUGAAUCACUUGGAAGGAUGUUUAAGACAUGCUAUAAUUGUCACUUUCUGUAUCAGGACUCUUUUUCACAAAAUAUAGUGCAUGCCAUGUUUAAAUAAUGAUUAAGUAUUUUUGUAUUGACAAAAUUCAAAUAUUUUCUAUACAUUGGAUGUGUCUUAUGAUUUCUAUGUGGGUAAUGUGUUUUAUAGAAUCUAUCAUGCAAAUCCUUUCUGGGCACCAACUGUUUGAAUACACAUUGUUUCAACUAGAAUAUGUCAAAUGAUGAAACGGAAUAAACGUGGAAAAAUAACUUGA